GGACAAAAAAAAGGGGUCACCUGGGAUCUGUGCCUCUUCCUUGGCAUGCUCCCGGGCCCCUUCCGUGCCGCCGCCGCGCCUCAGGCCUGCCUGGCCUCCGGGUGCGCGGCGCUGGGCCCGGCACGGGCCCAGCUGGACGAGGCCCUGGCGCUCCUCGGCGAGGACUCCGGCCAGCGGGCGCUGGAGGUCGAGGAGGUCGACGCGGUCCGGGAGGCGUCCGAGGUGAAGGCCCGCCUGGAGCUGCUGGAGGCGCGCGUCGGCCGGUUGCGGAAGGCGGCGCGCGCCGCCAAGGACCGGGCCAAGAGGAAGAAGGAGGAGGAGGACAAGAACAAGAAGGAGAAGAAAAACUUCUCGAGGCUGGAGAGGAUGUACCAGGAGGCCGAGGAGGGCGACUCGGACGACGACUGGUAAGCCACGUCCCCACGCCGCGCAGGCACGGUGCUCCUUCAACAGGCGGCGCGGCGAUGGGUUCCUCGCGGCGGCGCGUCGUCGAUACGGCGGGGGCGUGGGUCAAGGAAGGUGCUCAGGAUGCUUCAGACCCUGGGCGGCUCCUGAUGUGAUGAGGGCGGCGGGGCUCCCCACGGGCCAGGCCUCUCACAUGGGCGUCCCACGGGUUCCCUAUCCAACGAUUCCCUAUCCAACGAUUCCUGGAUUCCUGGGCUCUGGGACCCUGGAUCCCCUACCCAACGAUUCCUCGCCCGAUACCCUUGCCGUGUUGCUGUGGGCACCCCAGGCAGACCACGUCCCCCUGCCGCGCAGGCGGGCCCGGGCGCAUCCCGCCAGGGGCGCUUGGGCGUCGCGCGGGCGCCCUGCGCGCCG